UAAAAAUAGCAAUACUUAGCAAACAAAUAUAAAGAAAAAGAAUAUCUCUAUUCUGUACAAUAUUUAGAUAUCAAUAUACUCUAAAAACUUGACAAUCGACUAAUUUUAUUGAUAAUACUCGUUAGUGAAGCAAAGAUAUAGAAUAUGAAAAAUAACGAUGAAACUAUUUUGGAAAUACUCCAAGGACACAAGACAUCCAAAUGGCCCACUGCCCGACUGGUCAAAAUAUUCAUCGCCAGCACGAAACCCGAUUUCAUCGAAGAAAGAAGGUACCUACUCGAGUUCGUCGGACCUGAGCUGCAGGCCGUCUUCGAGGAACAUCAAAUUGAGGUGGAACUGGUCGAUAUGCAUUUCGGUGCUGACGAGAAAGAUUAUUACGACCCUUAUUUAUUCGAGGAUCAUCUGAAUGAGAUCAGAUUGUGUCACAAGUUGUCGAGAGGUUGCUUUUUCGUGAGUCUAGUUGGAGAUAAAUAUGGGCCACUUAUGGUGCCACCUCAGUUAGAUGUAGAUAAAUAUUUGUUGGUGCUGAACAAAGCUGAGGAACUGGGUCUAGACCAUACAAUUUUAGAAAAUUGGUACAAGAAGGUCGAGAACGAAUACGUUUUAAAAGAUUACAGACAUUUACCAUUGACCGAAUGGAAGCAAAUAUGUGCUCAAAUUAUACAGUUAAUACACGAAUGUGCAUCAAACAUGCCCGACACAUCAAGGAAAAAACUCAACAAGCAUUUGAAGUCCAUAGUGGAGCAGCAAUUCACCUACGCAUUGGGUCUGGCGCCGGGGACGGCCCAUCAUGUACUGAACGUCUUUCGCGAAUGGGAUGAUUUAGAUGCAGCCAACGACUUUUAUAAGGACUUAGAUUAUAGUAAAGAUUUAGUAAAUAAUUUUAAAGAAUAUUUGAACGAAUUUAAAAAUUCAAUAAAAAGUCAGAUACCAGUUGAAAAUAAUAUUCAUUUUACAGUGCCUUGGAUAAAUGGAGGUAUAAGCAAUGAAACAGAAGAACAUGAAACAUAUCUAAAUAAGUUUAAAAAUAGCAUUUUUCACAAAAUAAAGGCGUUAGUACAGAAGAGCUUAGAGGAGGAACCUGUUUUGAAGUCUAGGAAAAAAAUCGUGGAGGAGAACUUCCAAGAGAAUAUUACUCACUUAACCACGUGUUACGAAGAGAUCGAAAAAGACUACACGAAUACCGAGAUAUUCGAUAAAAUAAAACAAGUGGUGGAGAAUACCAAUAAGACCCGGCAUAAUCCCAUAUUAAUAUAUGGUAAUCAGGGAUCUGGGAAAACUUCCCUUCUACAGUCGCUGUAUAGAAACUUCGAAAACUGGUUUAGCUGUAGAUCGUUAAGAAUAGUUAGAUUUAUUAACUCAACCCCUAGAUCGUCGUACAAUUUGGAACUUUUGCGUGUCAUAUGUCAGCAGAUAUGCAUAGCGUUAAAACUUCCAGAAGGCUUCUUACCCAAAGACGCGUCGUUUGAUCCCCUUUACAUAAACAAUUGGUUUCAAUCUCUCUUGAGAAAUUUCGAGGACCUAAAUCAAGUUCUAGUCAUAUUUAUAGACGACUUGCAUGCAUUAAAUCCACUAGAUAGCGACAUGGUUUCCAUUUUAAGCUGGCUACCUAUUUCCCUACCCAAGAACGUGCACAUGAUCUGCACCACAGCACUGGACAUCGACACCCUCAGGCUCACUUCAGUGCAAAAAGAGAAGCUCAAGAAUCCCGAGUCAUACUUCGAAUUGCCACCGGUGGAGCCCCACAAUGAUUAUGUGAACGGUUUAUUUGAUGAAUUAGAGAAGUCGUUCAGCAGGGCGGCGAUAUCGAAGCUGGCAUCUUUGAUAACUUGCUCCGAGUAUGGUUUAACAGAAACCGAACUGCUCGAGAUCCUCAUGCCUACCAGUAAUAGCGAAGCUGUUAUUUCAAUUGAGGAGGCCAACUUUAACUUUUCUUCGUUGUGUGCCGCAAAGCGGCAAAUGGGUCCCAUCUUAAAGGAGAAAGUCAUGAGCGGUAAAUUACUGAUCUGCUGGAAGCACACGGCAACAAAAGAAGUCGUCAGUACAAGAUACUUAACGAAUCCAGACGCAAUAAGAAAUACUCACUCCGAAUUAGCUAAUUUAUUUUUUAAUGAGUUCCUAGAGGACAACAGUGAUUCGGAGGCGGAGGGAGAGCCAGCUCCCCUGCUUUCCGAAAUUAAGGAAACGCCUUUCCAAUCUACGUUGCACAAAGAUGUUACAUACAGUCAAAGACACGUAGAGGAAUCCUGGAUACAUUUACUCAAGUCUGGGGAUAUAAUUAAAUUGAAAAGUCUAUGCAUGUGUAACUACGACUUUUUAUUGGCUGCUUUGCAAACUUUUUCCGUAAGUUACUUAAGGUGUCUCCUGGAAAAUGUUAGAUGCUACUUGUUAGACCGAGAAAUUGAGCUGGUAUAUUACUCUAUAAGAAAAUCGACAGAUGUCCUAACCAAAGACACAUAUCAACUUGGAACACAGUUGAUUUCAAUGUUGCGGCCUGUAAUAGAAAGGGGGGGUGGAUUGAUGAGCUCCCUCGUGACGUCCGCCAUGGCAUGGUGCGAUGGAUUUACGUUGCCUCUAGUUGUACCUUUGACGGACUGGCUUCAACCACCCCUGCCACAACAAUCUAAAAUAAUUAAUACUCCGAACGUACGUUUAAUUGAGUCCACGCCUAAUGGGCAACAUGUUGUGGUGGUUGUAGACACGGAUCCACAGUUGUGGCACAUCAUGACCAAUCAGCUGGUCCACACGUUCUCAGGUCACAAAAGCAAAGUAAACUGCAUGGCAGUUACGAAACAGUCCCAAUAUUUAUUGACAGGUUCGGAUGAUCUGAGCAUCAUUGUGUGGGAUCUGAAGUCGCUUGCGUUGAAAUUGAAAAUCUGCGAGCACAUCGCCCCCGUGCUGUGCAUCACCAGCGCACUGAAUAACUCGGUGAUAAUAAGCGGUGGUGAGGACAGCAGCAUUAUCGUGACUUCUUUGGCUAGGGGGAGUGUGGUAACUAAAAUUGAUCACCACAGGGGGCCCGUAACGGCAAUUAAAGUAACAUCCACAGGUGAUAUAUUGGUGUCAGGUAGCAAAGACGGCAGCGUCUGUCUGUGGUCCCUUGAAACAUUUAAACUCCUUAACAUGAUCUCGCUGAGUUCGCCGGUUCUAAUGCUGGAUGUUUCCGCCGACUCCGUUUUCCUUUUGGCUUGUUGCAAGGAUAAUAAUCUAUAUGUUAGAACUUUGGCGACAGGAACGGAAGUUCACAGCAUCACGGAUUACAAAACGAAAGUGAAAUCGGUCGGUCUGACCCAGGAUAGUUGUAGGAUUGUUGUGGGAUGUGCGGACGGCAAGGUUUAUAUACACGAUAUCCAUAGCGCCAAAUUGACUCGUACGUUGAGUGGACAAGGUGGGGAGAUAGCGGCCAUAAGGAUAACGGACAAGGACGACUUUCUGCUCACAGCUGGCGGAAACAAAAUUAUAUUUUACCCGUUCAGAAGCGACGACCAUAUAAAGGGCAUGUUGAAACACAAAAAGAAGUCGCACCAGCAGCUUGUGCCCCACAGUGGUUUCAUAACGUGCCUAGAUAUAUCCAGGGACGGGCAAUUAUCAGUAACGGGCGGCAUUGAUCACAUAAUUAAUGUAUGGCAACUCAAUAAUCAAGAAUUGCUUUUAUCUUUGAACGUGCACACCCUCCCAAUAACCGCAGUCAACUUUGCCCCGAGCGGUCUGUUUGUCACGUCUGGUUCGGAGGAUAAAACCGUCAAGGUCUGGGGGUUAUCCAUGGGCACUAUAGUCUCCACGUUCACGCGACAUCAAGCUGCCAUUAGUGCGGUUCACGUAAUGAUGGACUCGACAAGAAUCAUAUCGAGCGACAGCAAUAAUACUCUCUGUAUAUGGCUAGCUGAUAAUGGAAACUUGCUACAAACAUAUUCGGGACCGAGCGAAUGUGUCAGAGUAACGAAUAAUAUGAAAUACGCGAUGGCAACGAACGGAGACACGUCCCUGAAAAUUUGGAGCUUGGUGAAAGACGACGAAAAAUAUACAAUCAACCAUUCGGAGGAGAUAACGUGUUUUGUUCUAACAAUAGACUCGCAGCACAUUAUAACAGGAUCAAGGGAUAUGUCACUGAAAGUUUGGCUGGUGGCUGGAGGCAAACUAUCGCAGGUGUUAAUUGGUCAUAAUGAUGCUGUAACGUGUGUGGCAGUGUCCAUAUCAGAAAAGAAUCAAGUAAUAUCCGGUUCUUGCGACAAUAAUCUGAUAGUUUGGGACAUAAACACUGGAGCCGAUUUGCACACACUUUCUGCUCAUUUAAGCUACGUCUCGUGUGUAAAAUUAUCUGGGGAUGGGUCCAUAGCCGUAUCGGGAUCUGAUGAUAAGAGUAUCAUUAUAUGGGAUGCUAAAAAAGGUUUACUUUUGACCUCGCUGCAGCUCCAUUUUCCCAUAAUUAAUAUUGAACCAGCUUCUGAUUUCUCACGUAUUUCUGUUUUACUAAAAGACUCGAAAUACAGCCCCAUAAUUUGCUUGCAUAAUACUCCGGCAAAAUAUGUUAAAUUACCAACAUAUUGUGCCCCAGACAAAGAUAUUAUUGAAAAUCCUAAAGCUGCUCCAAAGAGACAGAUGAAAAGAUUGUUAAAAAAGGAAGUGUCAUUGGAUACUUACACUUGGCAAAAAAAAUAUGCUCAUCUUACGUCAAAUAUUGUUAUACCCUCAGUUGAUGAGAGAUUUAAGAGACGGUUUUCAGUAUCUGCUAGUAUGGAGGAGAUAUCCAAAAUCCCUCAAAAUAAAGAUAACCAGGGCAACUUGGCUAAACAAGGAUCAUUAGCUCAAUCUCAGCAUUUCGACCAACUAGAAGCACUAUGGAAUAAGUCACCACCACGUAGAAGACUUCAUCAGUCGUUAUCCAAACAGUCAUCAUUAGCUGAGUCACACGCGUAUUCCUCUGAAGAGGAAGUUCGAAUUGAUAAUGGUAGAGUAACCUAAAAUGUUACUGGCUUUUACGUAGUGUUUUACUUGUAGUCUUUUGAUUAUCUCUGUGUGUUACAAGUAAAAUGCUCAAUAAUGAAAAGAAUAAAUGUUCGUAUUAGGGAAAGCUCUCCUUAUUAUUAUUAUAUACAAUAAAUGUUGUAAAUGUAGUCCAAAAUAAAUAAAAAAACCUAUAGAAAAAAUUUUGCAAAUGAUAAUCUGUAUGACGUAAGUGCUUUCCUUAUGACUGUUCUUAUACUUUUUAGAGCAUUAUUUUAUAUAAUUAUUUUAAAAUCUAUUAGACGUAAGAAAUAUAUUGUUACAUUUAUCGUUGUUGCACGAUACCCAUUACCUUUAAUGACAUUCCCUACUAAAUACCUUGACAUUAUAGGUAUACCUAUAGAUGUAUGGCGCAUCUUCAGAAACACUCACAAUAGUUUAAAACUCCGAAAUGUUAAAAAAAAAAUAGAAGUCUGAAGAUGUGUCGUAAAUGAUUAGGAAAUAUACUUGUAUUUAUUGUUACAUUUAUGAAACCCUCAGGACCAAGCUAAUUUUACAUUAAAUCUUGUUUUGUUAUAUGAUUUUCAACAUAUUUGUAUUUUUAUAUAUAAAUAAUUUUCAACUACACUGGGCGAACAUUUUCGUAAAAGAUCGGACUCGAGGUAAAAUACCAAAAAAAAAAUAUAUAUAUGUAAAACUUUCUAAAUGGCUGUGGUCUGAUCUUGAAAAAGUUUUUUAUAUAAAAAAAUAUUCCUGGUGUUAUUUUUCAAUUUCAAACAUACAUUAUGCAAAGUGUUUCACCUACAUAAAGAAAUAUUUUGUAUAAUACUGUCAUUUGUGGGCUGUACUAUUGAAUGUUAAAUUCUUAAACUGUGUUAUCUAAAACGAUUCUAAAUCUCGCUACUCUGAGCAAUAAUGCAUUUAUUGUAACCACGUAUUAGACUAAAAACAUUCUGUGUAAAAGGCAUGUUAAUCUGUGUUUUAGAAUAGUGUCCACAAAUAUAAUAAACAUUUUAGAAUUA